UGCAUCAUGUGUAAAUUUCAUUCUUCUUCUAAAAGCCUUCACUCAUAUUAACACCUUCCUCUGCUUCACCUCUCUCACCUGCAUUCCAUAGCAGGUUGAGAAGUUAACACAACUUUCUCUUCAACUUUCAUCACUUUCACAUCAUCAAUGGCCUGCUUAGAACUCUCCAAACAGGUAAAGUUCAAAGAUGACACAGAAGAGUUAACUCUGGAUGGAAGCGUUGAUUGGCACGGUCGUCCUGCAAUCAGAGCCAAAUCUGGGAGAUGGGUUGCCGGAACCAUAGUGCUGUUGAACCAAGGUCUGGCAACCUUAGCAUUCUUUGGAGUAGGGGUGAACCUAGUGCUAUUCCUGACAAGAGUGAUGGGGCAAAACAAUGCUGAUGCUGCAAACAAUGUUAGCAAGUGGACUGGCACAGUAUACAUCUUCUCUCUUGUGGGUGCUUUCCUAAGUGACUCUUACUGGGGAAGAUACAAAACUUGUGCCAUCUUUCAGGUCAUUUUUGUGAUAGGCCUGGUGUCCUUGUCCAUUUCAUCAUACCUCUCCUUGAUUAGGCCGAAAGGUUGUGGAAAUGAAACUAUUUCAUGUGGGAAACAUUCAAGCUUGGAGAUGGGGAUGUUCUACCUCUCAAUCUAUCUCAUUGCUUUGGGGAAUGGAGGGUAUCAGCCAAAUAUUGCUACAUUUGGAGCUGACCAGUUUGACGAGGAGCACUCUAAGGAGGGUUACUCAAAGGUUGCCUUCUUUAGCUACUUCUACUUGGCUUUGAACCUUGGUUCACUCUUCUCAAACACAAUUCUAGGCUACUUUGAAGAUGAAGGAUUGUGGGCACUUGGGUUCUGGGCGUCUGCAGGUUCUGCUUUUGCUGCCCUUGUUUUAUUUCUUCUUGGGACCCCAAGAUAUAGACACUUCAAACCCAGUGGCAAUCCUCUUUCAAGGUUCGGCCAAGUCCUUGUUGCUGCAUUAAGGAAAUGGGGAGCUCAUAUGACAUCAAAUGAAGAGGAUCUAUAUGUCAUGGAUGAAAAUGAAUCUCCCACUAAUGGCAACAGAAAGAUUCUUCACACCGACGGAUUCAAGUUUCUGGACAGAGCAGCAUUUAUAUCUACCAGAGACGUAGAAGACCAAAAAAGAGGCCUUCAUAACCCCUGGCGUCUCUGUCCUAUAACUCAAGUUGAAGAAGUGAAGUGUAUACUAAGACUUCUUCCAAUUUGGCUCUGCACCAUAAUCUACUCAGUGGUUUUCACACAAAUGGCUUCUCUUUUUGUAGAACAAGGGGCUGCCAUGAAAACUACAAUUUCCCAUUUUAGAAUACCACCUGCAAGCAUGUCUAGCUUUGACAUCCUCAGCGUAGCUGUCUUCAUUUUCUUCUACCGUAGAGUGAUUGAUCCACUAGUGGGACGACUUAAAAAGACAAGUUCCAAGGGUCUUACUGAGCUUCAGAGAAUGGGGAUUGGGCUUGUUAUAGCUGUAAUGGCAAUGGUUUCAGCUGGAAUAGUUGAAUGCUACAGGCUUAAAUAUGCAAAAACAGGAUGCCCCCACUGCAGUGGGACAAGCUCUCUAAGCAUCUUUUGGCAAAUUCCUCAAUAUGCACUAAUUGGAGCUUCUGAAGUUUUUAUGUAUGUAGGCCAGCUAGAGUUCUUCAAUGCUCAAACACCAGAUGGUUUAAAAAGCUUUGGAAGUGCCCUUUGCAUGACGUCCAUCUCUCUUGGGAACUAUGUAAGUAGCUUACUUGUUAGUAUCGUUAUGAAGAUCUCCACCGAGGAUCACAUGCCAGGGUGGAUCCCUGGAAACUUAAACAGAGGUCAUCUAGAUAGGUUUUACUUCCUCUUAGCUGCCUUGACAUCAAUAGACUUGAUCGUUUAUAUUGUAUGUGCAAAGUGGUUCAAGAGUAUACAGCUGGAAGGGAAAUAUGAAAAGAAUGAUAUGCCUGGUAGCUAUAAAGUAUAAUUUGCGAUGAACAACCAACAAAGGCUACGAUAACAGCAUAUAUAAAUAAGAGAAAGAAGGGAUCAACUAGUCAAAUUAACUUGAGCUAUAGUUGCUGUCGCAAGAAAAAGUGGCUGGUUUCGGUUAGAGAAGCCCUUUUACCCGAGUCUCUUACAACUAGUCAUUGUUUUCGUUCAGCUAACGGUUUGUUUGGUUUGAGAAAACCUUUUUGUUUUCAUUUUUGUUUAUGCAAAUAAUUACUCAGAUGUUACCUUCUCUCCAUUUAUAUCCUUGCUUUCAAAAUUUUGUAUGGCAAAUGGUAAAAGCAACAAAAUGUUGUUUUCAACCGGUUCUUGUACAAAAUUUUGAAAUCUAAAUAAAGUGGAAAUAAGGUAUCAUUUUUGUAAAUAUUUAUGAAACUGAACAUGAAAACAAUAAUCUUUUCACAAACCAAACAAAGCCCUAUAUUUUCAGUCUAUGUUUUUUUUAUCCAGGUUGUGUAAAACUAGAGUUUUUGAAGAGACAAUGACAGUUUCAGGGCCACUUUAAGUCUCCUUUCUUUGAGUCUUUGUAAGUUCCAUUGUUAACACUGAAUAUAUCAUCUUAAUUUCCGGGAUUGAAAUAUUAUUCUCCUA